AUGACCAGCCUCACAGCACGAUACACCCAGUACACAACCCUCCUCUCCCGCAUCGGCCGCUGUCUUUGCUUCGGCUGCACGCCCGAGCAGACCCGCACAGCCGCCGCCAUCGCCUCGCGCCUCACACGCGCAUGGCCCCACGCCUUUGUCGAGGCCGAGGGAUACGUGCGCCUUCCUCUCGAUGAGCUCAGGUCUGAGCAGAACGCAGAGAGAGUGUCCGUCGAGGGGGGGAAGGGCAAGACCGUGAAUGAGAGGGAGGUCGUGGAUGCUUCGAGGAGGGCGGCGGAGCUUGCGCGUGGGAGGCUGCUGGAUGUGUUGUUUGGGGUUGGGAAGGGGAGGGAGAGUGGUCCUGUUGGGUUUGUGGUUGAUGAGAGGGUAGUGCCUUUGAAGGACGCAAAGAUACCAUCUCGGGACUCGUUCACAGCCUUUUCCCGGUUCGGAACAGGCCCUUCAUCAGGGCCCACCAUUCUAAACCGGAUACCGACAUCAUGGAAACCCAAUGGAGCGGGAGAUUCCGUCGUAAUACAAUCCGCAGUGUUCUCAGAGGCGUCAAUGAGGCCUGUCGCCACAGUAGAAUCCCUCUUGAAGCUGAGGAAUGGGCAGGGUCAGGAUCUGGACGACUGGGUAAGGGGGAACAGUGAGGUGUUGAGCAGGCUGUUGCGCGAGCUGGAAGACGGCGAGAGACGGGGGAGGACAGAGGUGGAAGAUGUGGAGAGGGCCGUGGAUGCUUUGGAGAGGGAGACUUGGAAUCGUGAGGAUGCGGUGGAGGAUAUGGGGAGUGCGAAGUCGUGA